AAAUAAUCAACAUUGAAUCCUAAUUUCUUUAAAUCAACUGCAGCCAAAUAAGCCACUGCUCCACCUAAAGAAUGUCCUGUAACUAAUAGUUUUGAACUUGGAUAUUUCUCUUUCAAAUGUUUUGCUGCAGACAACACUUCUGCUGAUACAUCAUCAUAAGUUUCCCAAAAUCCUAAAUGAACUUUACAAUUUUUGCAAUCCCCAAAAUCAUGCUUAAAGAACUUGAUAUUGUUAUACCAAUUAAUAAAGUCUUAGGUACCUUAAUUGAUAAAAUAAGAUUAUUUGAUACUUCUAUAAACAACAACGACCAAAUUCUCCUUUUUAUUGUAUCCAACAUAAGCUUAGGCAUGGUGAUCUGAU